GCAGGCCGGACACCCCGUCGCUGGCGGGGCUUCCCCGAGAGCUGGCGAAGGCGGGGCCGGAGUUGGAGCUGCCGCAGUGUCUGGUCUGGCGGCGGGGCAGUGGCCGGGAGCGAGGGAUGUAGCCGCAUCCAGAUCUCAUUAUGCAUCAGAAAAAUGAAAAAACAGAGGAAAAUUCUAUGGAGGAAAGGAAUACACUUAGCCUUUUCUGAGAAAUGGAAUACUGGGUUUGGAGGCUUUAAGAAAUUCUAUUUUCAUCAACACUUGUGUAUUCUGAAAGCUAAGCUGGGAAGGCCAGUUACUUGGAGCAGACAGUUGAGGUAUUUCCAGUGCAGAAAGAAAGUCCGUCCAAUCCAGAAGACGUGGAUCCAGGAUGAGUCCCUUUUUGCUAAGACCAAGUCAAAUGUGGCUGCUCCAAAUGUUAGCACUUUUUCCUCUAAAGUGAAAAGAAAGGGCACUGAACAAUUUGUUUCAUCCUCAAGGACCAUUCUGGAGCUCCAGUCAGAAAAGUUGCUGUCAUUAGCAAAGAACUCGGACCAUGAAUAUGGUGGAGAGAGAAGUCUUCUGAAGGCAGGUGCUGAUUUACCAGCAAAUAGUGUUUUAGGUCAGGCCAGUGGGCGCAGACCUAGGACGGAGCCACACGCUUCUGACUUUCCCAUGAAGUUCAAUGGGGAGAGCCAAAAUCCAGGUGAGAGUGGCACGAUUGUGGUCACCUUGAGCAGCCAUAAGAGAAAGCGCUUUUGUUAUGGCUGCUGCCAAGGGCUGGAGCACCACAGGAAUGGGGGACCCCUGAUUCCAAAAAAGUUCCAACUUAACCAGCAUAGAAGAAUAAAAGUAUCUCCUCUUAUGAUGUAUGAGAAAUUGUCCAUGAUUAGAUUUCGGUACAGAAUUCUUAGAUCCCAGCACUUAAGAACAAAAAGAAAAAUUUGUAAACAGAAAAAAUCCCAGCAAAGCUGGGUACAGAAGGUCACCGGGGACUAUCAGGAGACUUUUAGGGAGAACUGUGAGGGUGGCAGUUGCAGCCUGUUCCCUUCCCCAGAGCCGAAAGACUCUUCUUGUCGGCAUCCGCCAUACUUCCCAGAUAUGGACAGCGAUGCUGUGGUGAAGGAAAAGAACUCUCCUGCGCCUGACGGUCACAGUAAAGGAAGUCCUUUCUUGGGCAAGGAGCUUAGUUUAGGUGAAGCAUUCCCUGACCAACAGAAUGGCAGUGCCACAUACACCUGGGACCAGUCAUCCUCUUCCUCUCCUAAGUGGGAAUGUACAGAGCUGAUUCAUGGCACCCCUUUACCAGAACAUCAUUCUAGUAACGUGUUCAUCUCAGAAACCGAAAGAGACAGUAUGACUCUGGGUCAGGACAGUCAGACAAGCGACGUCGAUGAUGGCAGAGUAAAGCUGUCAGUGUCGGGAGCAGAUAAGUCUCUGGGUUGUAUGGAUGGGCCUGUGUCCGAAGAGACUGUGCAGAAUGAGAGCUCAUACCAGAUGGAGGAGGAUGGAUCUCUGAAGCAGAACAUUCUUAGUUCUAAGUUGCUGGACCACCCUUACUGUAAAAGUCCACUGGAGGCUCCCCUGAUGUGUGGGGGACUCAAACUAGAAAAUCAAGUGGGAGGUGGGAAGAACGGUCAGAAAGCAUCUCCAGUGGAUGACGAACAGCUGGCAGUCUGCCUUUCUGGAUUCCUAGAUGAGGUUAUGAAGAAGUAUGGCAGUUUGGUCCCACUUAGUGAAAAAGAUGUCCUUGGACGACUAAAAGAUGUCUUUAAUGAAGACUUUUCUAAUAGAAAACCAUUUAUCAAUAGGGAAAUAACAAACUAUCGGGCCAGACAUCAAAAAUGCAACUUCCGCAUUUUCUACAACAAGCACAUGCUAGACAUGGAUGAUCUGGCGACCCUGGAUGGUCAGAAUUGGCUGAAUGACCAGGUCAUUAAUAUGUAUGGUGAGCUGAUAAUGGAUGCAGUCCCAGACAAAGUUCACUUCUUCAACAGCUUUUUUCAUAGACAGCUGGUAACCAAAGGAUAUAAUGGAGUAAAAAGAUGGACUAAAAAGCCAAAUGAAAUGAACAAAAACAACCAAAAAUCAGGAGGAAAUUUUCAUUUAUAAUGAAACUAAGAAACCACAGUUUUACACCGCAGAACGUGUGGACUAUCAGCCAGGUAAAAGAAAUUAUUUACCACAUCAAAGGAGGAUAUAGUGAUCUAACACAUUUCUUCCCUAGUCUUCAACAAGGUUGCUGAUUUCUCAGAGUGUGUGUGAGGGCCCUAAAGGAUCGUACUUGCUAGAAAGCUUUUGCCAGGAAAGACAAGGGCCAGGGAUUUGAGUGGGCCACAGGAGAAUCCGGGAACACCCUGCUUGGUACCCAUGUCCACUCCAUAGAAUAACAGACGAGGCAGGACUGAAGGAGGAAUCCUGUGAUCACACUAUUCUACUUUCCCCUUUUUGGAUCUCCAGGAGAUGAGGUAGGGAAAUAGCAGUCAGUUUUGUGACAGUUAGAAACAGGGCCAACUGACAGAAAUAAAUAUGCAUUAACCUAGGGAUUGGCAGACUACUGCCUACGGGCCAAAUCUGUUUCUGUUUUUAUAGAAGAGUUUUAUUGUGACACAGCCAUGCCCGUUUAUUUUCAUAUUGCUAAUGGCUGCUUUUGCGUAUAAGAACAGAGCUGAGUAGUUGCAGCAGAGACCAUAUGGCCUGCAAAUUCUGAAAUACUUACUCUCAGAUCUUUUACAGAGAAAGUUUGCCAACCCCUGCACUAACUCACUAAGCAGAAGACCUUUGAGAUAUGAGGCUUUACAUUGAUCUGGCCUCUCAUUAGAAUCCAUCUGAAAGCACAGGAAUGGUCAGAACACUUCCACGGAACUGGAUGCAUCUCUGGGGUGGUUGUUGUUAGCUGCCAUAAAGUCAGACCCCAACUCAUGGUAACCCUGUGCACAAUGGAUCGAAAUGCUGCCCUGUCCAGUUGCAGGUCAGACUGUUGUGAUCCAUACGGUUUACAUUGGUUCAUUUUCGGAAUAGGUCACCAGGCCUUUUUCCCACCACUGGGAUAGAAAGGUUUUAAUUGAUUUUGUGGUUAAUUUCUUGAAAAAUAUACAAAUUGCAGCAGGUUAUCAUUACCUUACUCCCAACUUCCCAUCAAGUUCUAAAAUCUGGACAGAGAUUUCAAACCUUUAAAAUCUAGCUCCCUCGCUUAAAUUUUAUGGGAACAUAGUAGGCCUAGGUAGGAUAAACUGUCCUCUUUAAAAGUUGUGCAUACAGAAAAAUCCAGCAUGGGUAUAAUGCAAAGGUAGUGUUCCCCAAAAUGAGGGAAAAAAAUUAUAAAACAAGGCAGAUAAAACUUACGAAUUAAAAAGGAGUCAUGUCAGGAAACGAAAGACAUAUACUGAAAGUGCUGUGUAUUGGCAAGAUCAAAGUUUUGUAAUUGACUGUGGUUAGGAAGGAGCUGACUGGGAGAGUGCAGAAAAUGAAAAACAGUUCAAAGUAGAGAUAAGGCACCAGAAUGGGAUGAAAAGGAAGCUGGUGGAGUGAACGGAAGAAAUUAUAGAAUCGUCUAUUUCUAUCUUCAGCUUUUGCUUCAUGUAUUUUGGGGCUUUGUUGCUAGGUGCAUGUCAUGGAUUGAAUUAUGUUCCCCCAAAAAUGUGUGUAUCAACUUGUCUG